AGAAAGUGGUUGUUGUGGAGGUUUGAGGCAUUGAAUUGAUUUCAUCAUUCAAUCAUGAAGAAGAAGAUAGCAGAUGUUAGCAACAAGAAUGAAGUCUUCCUUGAGCACAAGAGAAUGAAGAGAUGGACUGAUAACAAGUCUGGUGGUGUCUGCUAUAUGUUAUAUGCAAGGGCACUCUUUAUAACUUGGGGUACACGUGAACACUGGAAUUGGAAUUGUUUCAAAGAAACAGGUGAAGAAAACAUCGAGGUAGCGAAACUUAGUCAUGUGUGUUGGCUGGAUGUGAGAGGAAAAUUGAAGAUGUCGGAGCUGUCACCCGGAAUUGUUUACGGCGUAUUCUAUCAAGUUAAGUUGACAAAGGGGGGAUCUGGAUGGGAACUCCCACUUACUCUGAGAUUAUCACUCCCAGAUGGAAGAGUUCAACAUCGCCAAGUGAGUCUUCGACAGAAGCCCAGAGGAGAGUGGAUAGAGCUGAAUGUUGGCAAUUUCCAAACACAAGAAGGAGAAAGCAGAGAAGUGUGCUUUGAUCUUUAUGAACAUGGAGGACAUUGGAAAAAUGGUCUUAUUGUCAAAGGCGCCAUUCUCAAGCCAAGGAAUUGAGUGCGCCAACAUAAAAUAAGAAGAUAAUGCUCUACUCAUGUUUUCUUGUUUUGUUUUUGAAGUCGGCAUAAUCUUUUUCUCUUUCUUUCUUUCUACCUUAUCUCAGUGAUCUUUUUGGAUCAACUUUUUUCAGUGGCCAGCUCUUUCCAACUCUAGCUCUAUGAUUUUCAUAUAUUUGAUUUUUCAUCCUCAUUAUCCAACUCUUGGAUUGCUAUCUGUUUGAAAACCUUCAUCUGCUUCUGCUUCUCUAAGAACGUCUUGAAUCAAUAUCGUUUUAAGAGAGACUUGACAGUU